AUGGCGGCAUCGGAGGUGGGUGUCGUGGUUGAUGUGGCAUCGGGUUCGUACAAGGGGAUGUCUUCUGAUAACAUAAAAGGAUUAGUGAUGGCUUUGUCUUCCAGUGUUUUUAUUGGCGCCAGCUUCAUUGUUAAGAAAAAGGGAUUAAAGAAAGCAGGAGCUUCUGGCGUCAGGGCUGGAAUUGGAGGGUAUUCAUAUCUAUAUGAACCACUAUGGUGGGUGGGUAUGAUAACAAUGAUUGUUGGAGAAAUUGCAAAUUUUGCAGCUUAUGCAUUUGCACCAGCCAUUCUGGUUACCCCUCUUGGUGCACUCAGCAUUAUUAUCAGCGCUGUCCUUGCACACAUUAUUCUACGGGAGAAGCUACACAUUUUUGGUGUUCUUGGUUGUGCUUUAUGUGUUGUCGGUUCCACCACUAUUGUUCUCCAUGCUCCACAAGAGCGUGAAAUUGAAUCAGUGAAAGAAGUAUGGGACCUUGCUACUGAGCCAGCUUUUCUCUUUUAUGCAACUCUGGUGAUAGCAAUUUCUCUCAUUCUAAUACUUCACUAUAUCCCACAGUAUGGCCAAACUCAUAUAAUGGUUUACAUUGGUGUUUGCUCGUUAGUUGGUUCAUUAUCGGUCAUGAGUGUCAAAGCACUUGGAAUCGCGUUGAAGCUGACACUAUCAGGAAUGAAUCAGCUAAUAUAUCCACAGACAUGGGUCUUUGCUUUGGUUGUCAUUUCUUGCGUGCUUACCCAAAUGAAUUAUUUGAAUAAGGCUCUUGACACAUUCAACACAGCUGUAGUUUCACCCAUUUACUAUGUUAUGUUCACUUCUUUAACAAUAUUGGCAAGUGUGAUCAUGUUCAAGGACUGGGACAGGCAGAAUCCGACCCAGAUUGUUACAGAAAUGUGUGGAUUUGUGACCAUUCUUUCUGGAACUUUUCUUCUUCACAAAACAAAAGAUAUGGUUGAUGGUCCCACGACUAUGGCUGUGCGACAUCCGAAGCAUGUUGAUGAGGAAAAUGGUUUUGGUGAAGAAGGUAUCCCUCUAAGGCGUCAGGAUAGCUUAAGAGCGCCUUAA